CGUCGCGCCAUGAGCCUCGCGGCGGGCCCCGGCCAGACCGCGGCCGCGCUGUCCACCGCCGUGCCCUGCAGGCCCGCCGCCGCCGCGAGCCCGCAGGCGCCGCGGUGGGCGCCCGCGCGGCAGGCCGCGCCGCCGUGGGGAGGACCGCGCAGGGCCACGCCGUGCGCGGGGAGCACUGCGGCCCUGGCCGCCGCUGCGGCGGCCGGGGCCGCCGCGAGGGGGAGCCCACCUCCCGCCGCCCGUCAAGGCCCCUCGCCGCCGCCGCCCCGAUCCUGCGACACCUUCGUGGUGCUGCCAGCGCCCGCCACCGGCCUGCCGGCGUGCUUCGGGAAGAACUCGGACCGCCCCUCGGAGGAGGAGCACGAGGUCGUGCACGUGCCCCGCAGGCAGCACGCCGAGGGCUCGGCUGUGAGGUGCACGUACGUGGACGUGCCGCAGGCGCGCGAGACUCUGGCCGUGGUCCUGUCGAAGCCUCGCUGGCUCUGGGGCUGCGAGAUGGGCGCCAACGAGCGCGGGGUCGUGGGCGGCAACGAGGCCGUGUGGACCCGCGCGGCUGGAGAGCUCGGCGGCGAGGCCCGGCUCCUCGGCAUGGACCUGCUCCGCCUCGCGCUGGAGCGCGGCGCGACCGCCGCCGGGGCGGCGCGGGCGUGCACAGACCUCCUGGAGGCCCACGGGCAGGCCGGCACGAGCGGAGCCUUCGUCGUGGAGACGGCCGGCGUCUCCUGGUGGGCCGUGGAACGGGUCCCGCUUGGCUCGUUCCGCAACAUCUCCAACGGGAUCUCGAUCCGGAGCGAGCACCACGCGCUGCACCCCGGGCUCAAGCAGCACUGCAGGGAGCGUGGCUGGUGGGACGGCACUGGGCAAGCGAAGAGAUACUUAGUCACCAUCGAAGGCACGGAGCCGUUCGACUUCAAGGCGGUCCUGACGGGCACCUCCUCCACGGCACAGCUGGCGCCCGCCGGCCGGGAGCGCUGCGGCCGCGAGCUGCUGGGCGACCUCGCGCGCGACGCGGCCGCUGGGCGCGUCGCUUCGCCCGAGGCGCUGGCCCGCCGCAUGAUGGCCGUGCUCCGGGACGAGCCCUCGGGGAUCUGCUUCCGGGACCUGCACUCGUUCAGCUCCACCGGCAGCCAGGUGUCGGUGCUGCCCCGCGCCACGGGCGAGGGGGGCAGCAGCGGGGAGCCCAGCGCCCACGGCGCUGGUCACCGAACUUCUUCACGUGCGCGAGCGACCCCACGCGCACGGCGUACAAGCGCUUCGGCUUCUCGGGGCCAGAGCAGGCGGACGUCGGCCCGCUGAGCCUGGAGCUGUGGCGGCAGCACCGCCGGCGCGCCCUCGCGGGGGCGGCGCCGCCCGCGGGCGUGGCCGCGCUGGAGGCGAGGCCCCUCGGCGCGACGGGGAGCCGGGGCCAGCCCUCGGGCGCCUGA